AUGGCGUUCAUGUGUCCUGCGAUGGGGCUGGCCCUUCUUGGCCACCUUACUAUCUUCAUCGCGCAAGCCUCAGCUUCAUCCCACACUCGAAGCUCGUUGGCCUGGAUUCUGGGCGGCAUUGACGAAGACUGUGACUCGGCGUGUGCGCAGUCAGGCCGCCAGUGUGACGAGAAGGCUUGGCCCACCACGUUCGCUGAGUGGAAGGCAGUGGCGGCACUCACGCAGGGACUGAACUGCACAUCGCAUUCGCGCGGCACGUGGGACCACAACCCAGCGCUGUGCACAGAGGUCGGUUACUGCGACGGAAUGUGCUUCUGGGAGGGCGCGGGAGCCCGGUGUGGCGGAGGCACCCGGCAGUUUCCUUCUCUCAUUGCCCGGCGCAUUUGCCCGUGCCGAGCGGCAGGGGAAAGCCAGCAGGCCGCCGGGGUGUCUCCUGCAGUGGCGGCGGCGCAGGCCGGGAGUGUCCAGCUGCCGCUCCCGAGGACUCCUGUACUGGCCGCAGUGGCCGAUGCAAAGCACGGAAGAUUCUGGCUGCCGCGCGCGGGCAACGGCACCGCUGCUGCCGGCUCCCGCCCCGCCGCCCGAAAGGCGGGACCCCGCCUCGGAGCCGCCGGGGGAGGCGCAGUCGUGGGCGGCGUCCGCAGCGCGCCUCCUGGGCGCGGCGGCUGCCAGGAGCGUGAAUGCUGGCCGGUCCGCGCAGGGGUGAGCGCGCUUCGCGGUCUGACCCUCUCUGCACGCCGCGCCCUCAGAGGGCAGCAGGGCAUGUACAUACGUCGGCGACUACAAUCGGGAGGACAGCAGCACAUGUGCAUGUGUCCGCGACUGCAAAUGAUGUGGUUACGCCAGGCUGUGGUCUGCGAUCCUCGUCGUUGGGGCUUUGGGGGCACCACGUUCCCCUCGUUGGGCCUUCUCGGGGCGCGGCGGAGAACUCUGCCGAGGUCCUUGUCCGCCCCAUAG